AUGGGAAGAAAGCGGAGGACGAAGGGAGCGGGCGGCAGGGGCUGGCUGGGCAGAGGCGGUAGUCAAGCUAGAAUGGAGCCAUCCUAUGGCGGGAAUGGACGGGAGGGAGAUGGAAGACGGAGAGGGAUGAGGAUGGAGGUGAGGAUGGAGACGAGGAUGGAGGUGAGGAUGGAGGUGAGGAUGGAGGAUGAAGACGCAGGAAUGAAGAAGACGAGACCGCGAGAGAAUCAAAAGGAGGAACGAAGCAAACACACCGACGAGCCGGCGUACGGUACGCGACGAGACACGACAUGGGGGACUCCUGCGAGGGAGAGGCAGAAGAGGCAGAAGAAGCAGAAGAAGCAGAACUUAGAAGAAGCAGGAGAAGCACUCCGUGUAUGGGGUGGCAAGUAUUAUGAAUCAGAUUUACUCCACCGUCCUCGACGCCGAAGAUGCUGCUUGCGGUUCCUGCAGGGACACGACGCUGGCCCAAUUGCUGAUUCCUCCACCUUUCAACCGGCUGCCACCAUGCAGCAACAGCAGCACCAGAAGCAGCAGCGUGCAUCUGCAUCGACAUCUGCAUCUUCCGCUGCACCCACGCCUGGCAUUAUUCUCGACGGGCGGUUGUUAUCACCGCACGAACUACGCCUACUGAAGGGAUCAAAGGGUAGUUACUGA